UAGCUCGAGGAGAGAGGCUGGAAGCACAAGGACCAGGAUUUCCAUACAGUUCCUUAACAACUGACAUCCGUCUUCUCAAUCCAACAAGGCAGGAAGAGGACACGGACCCCCUCCCCCAACGCAGAGGUCUGGUGGCGAGGGAGCUCAAGCUCCAGGGUGCAGCAGUAACUUCCAGCAGUCGCAGAGUCUGGUCUAGGAGGGCAGAUGGACUUCAGGGCGACUCUCAAGCCCCGGCCAGGGCCUAAGCUUGGGUCAGAGGUCAAGACAAAUAUACCAACCAAAGUGGAUUUUAGGUCAGUGCUGGGGAAGAAAGAAGGGGGCUCAUCCAAGCCCCCCCUGCCAGAGCCACUGGCCAGCAGCACGCCUGCUGACUUCAGGUCCGUCCUCAAUAAGAAGAACCUGGAGUCUGAGAAAGCAGGAGGCAAACAGGUGACUUCAGUGCCGACAGCCGGUAACAGCAAGCAGAGCAGCAUGAAUGGCAUGAACGGAGCUGCGGAGAACAAGAUGACUGGCAUGGCAGAGAAAGGAGGUACACAAGAAAAAGUUGAUGGGGGUGUUGCAGAAAAGAAAAGCAAGUCAGCAGAAAAAUUGAGCCCAGCGCCAAGGACAGAUAUUGGGGCAGCAGAGCCAAAGACCAGAGACACAGACAGCACCAUGGGACAGGAGACCAGAAACACAGACAGCACCAUGGGACAGGAGACCAGAGACACAGACAGCACCAUGGGACGGGAGAAGACCAGCGAUGCAGAUAGGGGCCGGACUGAAAAGACUUCCAAUUCUGUGGAUGGAGAAGAUGAGGGGAAAGUGCCCUCAUUCACACAGACUCUGAAGGACGUCACUGUUGUGGAUGGAGAGAGACUGAGGUUAGAGUGCAUGGUGACCUCUGAGCCUCCAGCUGUCAUUACUUGGUUCUUGGAUGGGAAGCUUGUGAAACCAUCAAAAUUCAUUGUCCUAUCUCAGGAAGGAGGCAAGUGCUCUCUCACCAUAGACAAGGCUCUUCCGGAGGACGAGGGGCGCUACAAGUGCAAAGCAGAGAAUUCUGGAGGGAAAGCCGAGUGUUCCUGCAUGGUCCAUGUAGAUGAUCCAUCAGCAGAAAAUAAAAACAGGAAAAGUUCUUCUGCAGCUACUACAGAGAAUGAGGCCCGGAUAAGAAAGAAGCCAGCCCCAAAGACUCCCACCAAACAGGGUUCUCCUCCCCAGGUGCUACAGUUCCCCGGAGACCUGAAAAUCCGAGCAGGAGAGAAGGUGGAGCUGUUGUGCCAGUUUGGAGGCUCCACCCCCAUGACCUGCAUGUGGCUGAAGUUCAAAAAACCAAUUCAGAGAGGAAGUGGAGGCAUUACCAUAGAGAGCAGUGAGAACAGCAGCCAGCUGACAAUAGCAGCGAGUGAGCAGCACCACUCUGGCUGCUACACGCUGGACCUGCAGAACAAGUACGGCACCAGGCAGGCCUCACUCAACCUCACCGUCGUAGACAAACCUGACCCACCAGCGGGUGUGCCAGCCGCCUCGGACAUCCGUCAGUCUUCACUCACCCUGUCCUGGUACGGGCCCACAUACGACGGUGGCAGCAUCGUCCAGUCAUAUGACCUGGAGAUCUGGAAUUCCCUGGAGGAGAAGUGGCGCUCGCUCACCUCCUGCAACAGCACCUCCUACCAUGUGCAGCAGCUGCUCACCGACCGCCAGUACAAGUUUCGUGUGCGGGCUGUCAACAUGUACGGUGUCGGCGAGCCAAGCGCCGAGUCCGAGCCUGUGACCGUGGGUGUGCCCGAGGAAGCAGAAAAAAGAGAAGAGGAAGCCGAGCCUGCAGUGUCUGAUGAUGAUUCGGACAAGGAUCCUGAGUACAGGGACGUGGUUAUAAAGAAGGAUUGCAGUGUUAAGGAUUUCUAUGAUGUGGAGGAUCGUCUGGGAACAGGCAAAUUUGGUCAGGUCUUCAAGUUAGUUGAGAAGUCGACCAAAAAGGUGUGGGCAGGGAAGUUCAUCAAAGCCUUCUCCCAGAAGGAGAAGGAAAAUGUCCGUCAGGAGAUUGGCAUCAUGAACAGCCUUCACCACCCGAAGCUCGUGCAGUGUAUAGACGCCUUCGAGGGCAAGUCCGACAUUGUCAUGGUUAUGGAGAUGAUCUCUGGCGGCGAGCUGUUUGAGCGUAUCGUUGAUGAGGAUUUUGAGCUGACGGAGCGUGAGGUCAUUAAAUAUAUGCUCCAGAUCAUUGACGGAGUUCAGUUCAUCCACAAACAGGGCAUCGUGCACUUGGACCUCAAGCCUGAGAACAUCAUGUGUGUUAACAAGACGGGCACCAAAAUAAAGCUCAUUGACUUCGGCCUGGCGCGGCGGCUAGAGGGCUCUGCCUCCCUCAAGGUUCUCUUUGGGACUCCUGAGUUUGUGGCCCCAGAAGUGAUCAACUAUGAGGAGAUCAGCUAUCCAACAGAUAUGUGGAGCAUCGGUGUUAUCUGCUACAUCCUUGUGAGCGGCCUCUCUCCAUUCAUGGGGGACAACGAUAAUGAAACCCUUGCCAAUGUUACCUCGGCAACCUGGGACUUCGAGGACGAGGCUUUUGAUGAGAUCUCGGAGCAGGCCAAAAGCUUCAUCAGCAGGCUUCUGAAGAAAGACAUGAAGGCCAGGUUGACCUGUGCACAGUGCUUGGAGCACACAUGGCUCAAGCAGGACACCAAAAACAUGGAGGCCAAGCAGCUGUCCAAGGAGCGCAUGAAGAAGUACAUACUGAGACGUCGGUGGCAGAAAACAGGGAACGCUGUGCGUGCCAUCUCCAGAUUCAGCUCCAUGGGAAUGUUGGGAGGGAUUGGCCCAAAGAAAAGUUCUCCAACAGAAGAAAAGGCCCCUGCACCAUUCUUAGAGACUGUGGAAGAUGAGAACCACACCCCUGCACCCCCCAGCUUCUCAUUGGUGUUCCAGGAUGUGGAAGUCGUGGAGGGCAGUGCUGCUCGCUUCGACUGCAAGAUCGAGGGCUACCCAGACCCUGAGGUGGUGUGGUACAAGGACGACCAGCCCAUAAAGGAGACACGACACUUCCAGAUCGACUACGAGGAGGACGGGCACUGCAGCUUGGUGAUCUCUGAGGUGUGUCCCGACGAUGACGCCAAGUACAUGUGCAAGGCCGUCAACACCCUGGGAGAAGCCUGCUGCACUGCUGAACUGAUGGUGGAGUUCAUGCAGGGGGAGGAGGAGGAGGAGGAGGAGGAAGAGUAAAGAGCAAUGGGAUGAGCCGGGACACAUGGUUAAACACAUGGUUAAACAGAUGGUUAAACACAUGGUUAAACAGACGGACGAUCAGAUGCGGCAGACGCUACAAAAUCCCCUUAUGCUUAUGCUACUUCUCAGCUCCCUUACAGACAUUAAACCCAACCCUUAUAACCACUAAACCCAACCACUAAACUUCACCUUUACAGACACCAAACUCAACUCUUACAGACACUAACCCUAACCCUUACAGACACAACCCUAACCCCUGCAGACACUAAACCCCACACUUACAGACAUUAACCCCAACCCAUGCAGACACUAAACCCCACCCUUACAGACACUAAACCCCACCCUUACAGACACUAAACCUCACCCUUACAGACAUCAAACACAACCCGUGCAGAUACUAAACCUCACCCUUACAGACACUAACCCUAACCCUUACAGACACUAAACCCAACCCUUACAGACACUAAAUACAAUGUUUAUGGACACCAAGUCCAACGUUUAUAGACACUGACUAACCCCAACCCUUACAACACUUAUAGCCACUGACUGUAUAAAUCUUUCACUGAUGUAUCUAUUUAUGCACUUUUGUCUUUACAGCACAAUAGUAAUGGGAAAGUAUUGUUUAGGGUGAUCACCAGGACAAAAGACAUUCCACUGUGCUCUUGGUUUCAGAGGAUUCCCAACAUCUGAAUAUUGAAUAUUGUUCUUGCCAAAAAUGGACUGUUAUGCGAGAUGUGAUACGAGAAUUGCUUGCUUGUUGAUGCCUUUGGUACUUACACUUGGAUUAUUAGUUUAUUGAGUUUGUUUUUAUGAACGUCUUCAUCAGUGUCGGAUUACCAAUUAGGCAGCGUGACCUUUAGGGUUCCAGCGACAUCGGAUUUUAAUAAAACCGUUUCAGGAGACAAUUGGCGAGAUCGUGGCUGUCUAUGAGCCGCCACAGUUUAAUCCGGUACUGGUUUUCUUUUUUUUCUUUUUUCUUUUUUUUUGCGAAACAAUUCACGCUCCUUUAGCUUCCUCAAUGUCCAUCAAUCGUUUUAUGCACGCUUCACUGUUUUUAUUCCCAGUGAUGAAAAGGUUUUAUUGAUUUAAGCACUAAAUUAUCUUAGCGUGAUUUUCUCCUCCUAACCAGAGGCUGCAAGAUCAAAGACACUCUUGGAGACAUAACUGUAUAAAAGUGUUGGAAUUGAUUAAGAUCAUUUGACUCCUGUGUUGAACACAUUUGUAGACAAAAAAUUACACUUCUUCAAAGAAGAAAUUUG